AUGAGCUGGUUGCAAACAGGGCGACGGGUCUAUGUGGAGGAGCGAGAAGCCAGACAUGCUGAGAAGCUCCAUGAAUACUCGCACUUGCCAUGGGAUUCGAUAUAUAAUGUAAUGACGUUAGGCAAAAUUGGAAGCAUUGCGGAUGUUUCCGAUGAUUGGCAAACAGUCAUAGUUCGGUUUUAUCUUUGGUCUAGAAGCGAUGAGUAUGGAAUCUACACUGAGAGUCAGCUGAUGGCUUUUGAUGUUGUCUGGCACGCCCAAGCUCUUCGACCACUGUAUAAGAUCCAUUUCGAAGUCGGAGAUCAUGCCGUACUUGAACAAGUUGAAGAUGAUGGACAACUAGAAGUUCACUUUGUGACAGUUCGAUCCGUGGUCAGCUCCAGCAGUGAUGAUCAGUUGUUCUGCUUGGAGUCUCUUGCGAAACAAAUGCUAUUCUGGACACAAGAGGACCGUGCCUCUGAUGCUCUGCUACCAAUUUACACAGAUAGCACCUUCGGCUGCUUAUCCCAAGUAUUCCGCGAACACAGUGACCCACCGGUGGAUGCCUCAGCAUCUCGUUUGCUACAUGGCGUUCUCUCAGCUAACGAAGGCAACCAAAUGUUUACCGCUGUUUCAUGCUGGAACAAAAGUGAUAAUGGCCCUGCCCACUUUGCAAUGACUGCACAAAAUCAUUUUGAUCAGCUAAAUUGUGUGGCAGAAGGCGGCCAUACACCACUCAUGUGUGCAGUAGCCGAUGGGAACUGGACAGCAACGGUGACUUUGCUAUCACUUGGAGCGCAACGUGAUGCAGCAGACGCUAAUGGGAACACCCUGUUGCAUAUGGCAGCUGAAAGGGGUUACGUGAUGAUCCUAGAAGGCUUGCUAAUGUUUCUUGGCAGCGAAGUGAACAGACCAAAUUCCGAUGGAGAUACACCUAUGCACCUGGCCGCUAGAGGACAGCAUGCGGCUUGCUUGGAUCGACUUCUCAACACAAAUCAUCUCCACAGUAAUAUUCAGGCAAGAAAUUCCCAACUUCCGAUGCACAUUGUAUGCGCAUUACCGGAAUCGCCAACUAAAAUUGCAAUGGUUGGAAGACUUCUAGCUAAUGCUAGGCUCAAUCUACAUUUAUAUAAUGAAGAUGAGCUAACACCUGUACACAUAGCUAUUUCAAAGGAUUACUACAAAACUAUGGAACUCAUCAUGCAAUCAAGACCACAGCAGCUAAAUGCGGACACUGGAAAUGGUUUUCCGCCACUGCUGCUAGCUGCUUUCUAUGGUAGAAGAAGGUGUACGGAGUCAUUAAUUGAGCCCUCACAGUCAUCACUUCAGCUGAACGCUGACGUAAAUCGUUUCUCGAAACUUGGCCGGACGGCGCUGCAUUUGGCCCUAGAAACGUGGCAAGGAUCAGUCGACAAGGAUAUGGACAGGCUGGCGUGUGUACAGGCUCUAGUUCAAGCAGGUUGUCCAUUAAAUGCUCAGGACUGUGACGGCCAAACUGCGUCACACCUCUUAGUAAGAGAGCUGAAUCGUUUAACGCAAGCGUCACGUGAAUGUAAUGUUGGCGAUUUGCCAAAUACUGUAUUUUUCACUAUAAAUGCAUGUACUGAUCUGAUAAAUAUGAAUCUCCACGAUAUCGCUAGUCGAGUGCGUCCUCAUUGGCAGCUGGCCUGCCUCUGCUAUCUGGCUGCACGUGGAGCCGACAUGACAUUGAUAGAUCGUUUUGGGGUGUCGGUGGUUGAUGGAUGUUUGGAUGAACGUAUUCGCGACUUAGUGACAGAUAUCGCAGAGAAGAGACCCAGGUAAUC